AUGCCCAGACCCAUCGUUAUCUCUGGACCUUCGGGUACCGGUAAGUCCACUCUUUUGAAGAAGUUGUUGGCUGAGUUCCCAGACAAGUUCGGCUUCUCUGUCUCCAACACCACCAGAAACCCUAGAGAUGGUGAGAAGAACGGUGUGGACUACCAUUUCACCAAAGUGGAAGACUUCAAGAAGAUGAUCGAGCAGAAGCAGUUCAUUGAAUGGGCACAGUUCUCCGGUAACUACUACGGAACUUCCAUCAAGGCUGUGGAGGACGUUUCCAAGCUCGACCGUAUCUGCAUUUUGGACAUUGAUAUGCAAGGUGUCAAGUCUGUCAAGGAGACGAAUUUGAACGCUAGAUACUUGUUCUUGAGUCCUCCUCUGAUUGAUGAGUUGAAGGGUAGAUUGGUUGGCCGUGGUACCGAGACUGAAGACUCCAUUGCUAAGAGAAUUGCUGCUGCAGCUGCUGAGAUGGAGUAUGCUGAGACCGGUGCACACGACAAGAUUGUUGUCAACGACGAUUUGGAGAAGGCUUACAAGGAGUUCAAGGAGUUCAUUUUGGCUGAAGAGUAA